AUGAGUAAAUUCGGUGUCCUAGUAAUGGGACCUGCAGGUGCUGGAAAAACAACUUUCUGUGCCGGUCUCAUAAACCAUCUCCAAAACAAUCGUCGCUCCUGCUUCUACAUUAACCUUGAUCCGGCCGCCGAAACCUUCUCCCACGAACCCGAUCUCGAUAUCAAAGAUCUUAUAUCCCUUGAAGAUGUCAUGGAAGAAAUGGGCCUCGGCCCUAACGGCGGUCUCAUCUAUUGUUUUGAGUUCCUUCUCGAAAAUCUCGAUUUCCUUUCCGAAGCCAUUGAGCCUCUUACCGAAGAAUAUCUCAUUAUCAUCGAUAUGCCAGGCCAGAUAGAAUUAUACACACACAUUCCAAUUUUACCUGCUCUAGUAAAAUUCUUGACCAAGACGGGCGCAUUGGAUAUUAAUCUAUGCGCGGCGUAUUUGUUAGAAGCGACGUUUGUGGUUGAUCGCGCAAAGUUUUUCGCAGGCACUUUAUCUGCUAUGAGCGCGAUGAUUAUGCUCGAGGUCCCACACGUCAACAUUCUUUCCAAGAUGGAUUUAGUAAAAGGACAAGUCGCAAAGAGAGAACUCAAAAGAUUCUUAGACCCGGAUACGUCGUUAUUGGAUGAUGAUCAGGAAGAAGAUGAUGGAGAGGGUGAAGCAAAGGAUGCGCAGACAUUGAUGAAGGGGAACAGUUUUCGCAGAUUGAAUAAGGCCGUUGCGGGUUUGAUUGACAGUUUCAGUAUGGUCUCGUAUUUGAGGUUGGAUGUGCAGAGUGAGGAUAGUGUUGGAGGAAUCUUGAGUUAUAUUGAUGAUGCUAUUCAAUUCCAUGAGGCGCAAGAACCAAAGGAACCAAAUGAUGAGGUGGAAUAUGACGAGGCAGAAUAA